GACGUUUUCCGCCUUCACCGCCGACUGGAUAACGCUUUGGGUAAUAACAUGAAUAUUUUCCCCCUUUCUCAUGCUUUCACGUCGAAUGAGAGAUGGAAUUUACGUUGAACGCAGUGAGUCCAGUCUAGUGGAAGAAGGAUGGAGACUUUGAUUCCCACCAUCAACCGUCUGCAGGAGGUUUUCCUCACAGUGGGCGCUGACGUCAUUCAACUUCCUCAAAUCGUAGUGGUUGGAUCUCAGAGCAGCGGCAAGAGCUCCGUGUUGGAGAGUCUGGUGGGACGUGAUUUCUUGCCUCGAGGAUCAGGGAUAGUUACCAGAAGACCUCUGGUGUUGCAGCUGGUCAAUGUGGCCCCGCUGGAGGAGCGACUGAAGACUGACAAUGGGAACGAUGUUAAACACACUGGCCAAAACAGCUAUUCAGGUGUCAAAGCUGAAGAAUGGGGCACAUUCCUGCACUGCAAGAGUCAGAUUUUCACUGAUUUUGGGGAAAUUCGUCGUGAAAUCGAAGCAGAGACGGAAAGGACUUCAGGCAAUAACAAGGGGAUUGCUCCUGAGCCGAUACAUUUGAAGAUUUUUUCCCCAAAAGUCCUUAAUCUCACCCUGGUUGAUCUACCUGGGAUCACAAAGGUUCCUGUUGGAGAUCAGCCCGAGGACAUUGAGUCGCAAGUGCAGGAGAUGAUCUUGUCCUUCAUCUCCAAUCCCAACUCCCUCAUCCUGGCCGUGUCCCCGGCAAACUCGGACUUGGCCACCUCUGAUGCACUGAAAUUGGCUCGUGAGGUCGAUACAGAUGGUCGACGGACUCUGCUGGUGGUCAGCAAGCUGGACUUGAUGGACGCGGGGACGGACGCUCUGGAGGUCCUUCUUGGUCGGGUCAUUCCAGUCAGGCUCGGCAUCAUCGGGGUGGUUAACAGGAGCCAGCAUGACAUCAACACUCAGAAGAGCCUGCAGGACUCCAUGAAGGAUGAGCAGGCCUUUCUGCAGCGUCACUACCCUUCGCUGGCCUCCCGAUCCGGCUCUCGCUAUCUGGCCAAAACGCUCAGUAGACUGCUCAUGCACCACAUCCGGGACUGUCUGCCGGACCUCAAGACCCGUGUGACUGUGCUCAGCGCCCAGUACCAGGCGCGCCUCAACAGCUAUGGCCAGCCGGUGGAGGACCACAGCGCCACCCUGCUGCAGAUUGUCACCAAGUUCGCUAGCGAUUACUGCAACACCAUCGAGGGAACGGGCCGCUACAUUCAGACCUCUGAGCUCUGCGGAGGAGCCCGGAUCUGUUACAUAUUCCACGAAACAUUCGGCCGCACCUUGCAGUCCAUCGACCCGCUCGGAGGACUGACCGAGCUGGAUGUCCUCACUGCCAUUCGCAAUGCCACCGGUCCACGACCUGCACUUUUUGUCCCAGAAGUUUCCUUCGAGCUGCUGGUGAAGCGUCAAAUCAAGCGUCUGGAGGAGCCCAGUCUACGUUGCGUAGAGCUGGUCCACGAAGAGCUGCAGAGGAUCAUUCAGCACUGCUCGUCCUUUAGCACGCAGGAGCUUUUGAGAUUCCCCAAACUGCACGACUCCAUUGUGGAAGUUGUGACUGGAUUACUGAGGAAGCGCUUGCCGAUUGCCAAUGAAAUGGUGCACAACUUAGUAGCAAUAGAGCUGGCCUACAUCAACACCAAGCAUCCAGACUUCACAGAUGCAGCACAGGUCUCAGCAUCUGUCAACAGCCAGAAGGCAGAGACCCUUGAUGGAAAGCGCUGGAAGAAUGAGAAGGUUGCUGAGGAGAAAGUCCCAGCUGCAGGCUUUGGCAGUCCCAGCAAAGGCCAGCCUAUUAACCUUCUUGACACAGCGGUCCCCGUGUCUCGCAAGCUGAGUGCGAAGGAGCAGAGGGACUGUGAAAUCAUCCAGCGGCUCAUCAAGUGUUAUUUCCUCAUCGUUCGCAAGACCAUCCAAGACAACGUCCCCAAGAGCGUCAUGCACUUCCUGGUCAACUUUGUGAAAGAGCAUCUCCAGAGCGAGCUGGUGGGUCAGCUCUACAAGCAGCCGCUGUUGCAGGAGCUGCUCAUCGAGUCACAGGACACGGCACAGCAGAGGACAGAGGUGGCGCAGAUGCUGGAGGCCCUUAAAAAAGCCAAUAACAUCAUCUCUGAGAUCAGAGAGACCCACCUGUGGUAGCUAGAGGACACACACCCUCUUUUGCCUGGACCUCAUCUAUUAUGUGUGUGUGUGUGUGUGUGUGUGUGUGUGUGUGUGUGUGUGUGUGUGUGUGUGUGUGUGUGUGUGUGUGUGUGUGUGUGUGUGUGUGUGUGUGUGUGUGUGUGUGCGCACAUGUGUCAGCAGCCCCACUGUCUCCUGGACCAAUGAGCAUAGCACAUUUAGGCUCCACCCUCGCCCUCAGCAGGGCUUCUCACUCAGGCCACAUCACUUCAAUGUGAACAAACUCCUUUUGUCAUGUUACACGCUAACAACAUGUGGAACAUGUUUGUUUCCCGGCUGUCCCGCAGGUCCUUUUCAUUCACAUGCACUCCAGUUUGCUGACCACGCCAAGAGAAGAAUCCUUGUGAUUUUGUGCAAUACCUAAAGGGAGGUACGUGCUGCUUGUUGACACUCCGGCAGACGCAGUUUGGUUUUAAAAGAUGCUACCUGCAAAUUAGCGCUGUAAUUGGUGCUCUUUGCUACCAAAGCUCAAAAGUCAGGGUUAAGCCAGAGCAAGAAGCCAGUUGAUUUUUUAUGAUAUUGUUAUGUUUGCUGGGGGAGUUGACGGCACAGAACCACAAAGGGGCGGUAUAGCUCUAUGUAUUUUAUUAUAUAUAUAAAAGAUAUAUAAUAAUCCACAAUAAUAAUACAAAUCAACUAGAGAAUGGAGUGUGACCAAAAUCCAAGAGUGUGUGGUGUUAGACUAGGUGUGGGAAUUAGUGUUUUACCGUAGUGUUGAAUCGAGAGGAGGAACAAGGCAAGAAGAAGGUCAGUGAGACAAGCGGGAGGUCCGUGGGGCUAAGAGAGGCGUCAAGAGGUCCUUGUACAAAGCGGGGGUCGAGGAUCGAGGGAGGCAGUCCAAAGUCCAAAGGGGAAGUCGAGGCGCACAGCUCAAUCAUGGAAGACACGGGAAGCAUACGAUAACAGAAGAUUACGUUCUGGCGACGGAUAGCAGGUUGAGCAGGCUCUUGAAGGCAGUACCUCUCAAUAGCGCCAGGUGCGUAGAUUGCCGGUGAAUGAUUGCAGCUGCCGGCUGCUGCAGGGCGGACACGCGCCCGGCGCGCCCCUGGAAUUGCGCAGCCGUGGGCGCGUCCCGAGGCGCGCUCCCGGAGGCGCAACCAGCAGAGCGCAAAGAGGAGGGCGCAUUGGAAUACGCCCUGGCCGUGACAGAUAUUGUAUAUAACCCAAAAGCAGUGAAGUUGUAACGUUGUGUAAAUGGUAAAUAAAAAGAGAAUACAAUGAUUUGCAAAUCCUUUUCAACUUAUAUUCAAUUGAAUAGACUGCAAAGAAAAGAUAUUUCAUGUUCACACUGGAAAACUUUGUAUGGGGUUUUUUGCAAAUAUUAGCUCAUUUGGAAUUUGAUGCCUGCAACAUGUUUAAAAAAAGCUGGCACAAGUGGCAAAAAAGAGUGAGGAAGUUGAGGAAUGCUCAUCAAAGACUUAUUUGGAACAUCUCACAGGUGAACAGGCUAAUUGGGAACAGGUGGUUGCCAUGAUUGGGUAUAAAAGCAGCUUCCAUGAAAUGCUCAGUCACAAACAGUCACCACUUUGUCAACAAAUGCCAAAUCAACCAGCUAUGCAAGGAAUUUAGGGAUUUCACCAUCUACGCUCCGUAAUAUCAUCAACAUUUUCAGAGAAUCUGGAGAAAUCAUGGCAAGGUCGAAAACCAACAUUGAAUGCCCGUGACCUUUGAUCCCUCAGGCAGUACUACAUCAAAAAGUGACAUCAGUGUGUAAAGGAUAUCACCACAUGGGCUCAGGAACACUUCAGAAAACCACUGUCAGUAACUACAGUUGGUCGCUACAUCUGUAAGUGCAAGUUAAAACUCUCCUAUGCAAAACCAAAGCCAUUUAUCAACAACACCCAGAAACGCUUCGCUGGGCCCGAGCUCAUCUAAGAUGGACUGUUGCAAAGUGUAAAAGUGUUCUGUGGUCUGACGAGUCCACAUUUCAAAUUGUUUGUGGAAACUGUGGACCAAAGAGGAAAAUAACCAUCUGGAUUGUUUUAGGUGCAAAGUGUAAAAGCCAGCAUCUGUGAUGGUAUGGGGGUGUAUUAGUGCCCAAGGCAUGGGUAACUUACACAUCUGUGGGGGCACCAUUAAUGCUGAAAGGUACAUACAGGUUUUGGAGCGACAUAUGUUGCCAUCCUAGCAACGUUAUCAUGGACGCCCCUGCUUAUUUCAGCAAGACAAUGCCAAGCCACGUGUUACAACAGCGUGGCUUCAUAGUAAAAGAGUGCGGGUACUAGACGGGCCUGCCUGUAGUCCAGACCUGUCUCCCAUUGAAAAUGUGUGGUGCAAUAUGAAGCCUAAAAUAGCAGAAUGGAGACUGUUGAACAACUUAAGCUGUACAUCAAGCAAGAAUGGGAAAGAAUUCCACUUCAAAAAUGUUUCUCCUCAGUUCCCAAACCUUUACUGAGUGUUGUUAAAAGGAAAUGCCAUGUAACACAGUGGUAAAAAUGCCCCUCUGACAACUUUUUUGCAAUGUGUUGCUGCCAUUAAAUUCUAAGUUCAUGAUUAUUUGCCAAAAAAAAUGAAGUUUCUCAGUGUGAACAUGAAAUAUCUUGU